CGUCAAUCGACAUUCGAGCGCUUCGGCCAGAGCCGGUGUUCAGUCCGGCGGCACCGUUCAGCUUCCAAGAUCGCACCGUGGUGUACCUCCCUGCCAAUGAUUAUCGGAGAUCAUCCAGGGUCCUACACUAGCGAGCUUCAGAAAUUUCUUGCUUUCUCGGCUCAAGGAAGCGCAAUCGCAAUCACAGAUCAGCAACAUAUGAAAGUCAUCAAAGCGGCACAAGCAGAGCCUAAAAAAAGACACUUAUCCAUCUGGCUCCCUGCAAGCCGUCAAAGAUCUGAAGAGCUCGGGGUCAGCCCCUUCGAGCCACUAAACCAUCCCUUUUCCAUAAACGUCUUGGCCCGCCCGACUACUAGCAAGCCGUCGUGCCGCCACGCCCUUUUUGAUCAAGUGACAACCUGGCAUUCCAAGCGCCUGCCUCAAUAUCCUCAGCCUGGAAGUUGCCUUGACACGACGUGGAGUAAGGAAACGAGUGGACCUCGUAAUCCUCGACCACGUUGUCCAGUUCUCGUCAAUCGUUUGCCCUUCAACAAGCGACAACCUGACAACCAGCAGAUCGAGCUCACCCCGGCCAGACACCGAGCGUAACCGCGGUCAACUCAUUCACAGACCGCUAUUACCGGAUUCCUAUUCGUAUUAGGCCACUAAAUCCCCCAAUCCCAUCCUGUUGCAGCUCCGUCCUAACCUGCUUAAGAAUCCAGCUAGAAACCUCACGGCAGUCUCUUCUCUUUC